UGGCACCGUGCUUUUGCUUGCCUAGUAUUUUUUUGUAGCGUAUUGCUGCUGUCGUCGAUAACUCGAUGCGAUCUCGGGGCGUGUUCUUCGUAGCUAUAAAGUAAAAGAAACAGACCGGCUAACCUAAAUAGCAGUAUACUUGAAAACAAACCUCAUUAUUUCGGAGCAUAUAAUAAUUAGGAUACGAACGUAACUACAAGUCGUCACACCCCUGUGAAAGAUCGGUAUUCCGUGGUCGGUUGCGUGUUCGUUGAAAGAGUUGUGGUAUCUGUGAGAACACCUAUGUGCGUUUAAUAAAUGGUUGAUGAAAUCUAAUGUUGUGCAGUGUUAAGUUUUCUGUGUGAUCCCUCGUUGUUCAUUGAUGGGCGGCUUAUUGCACGGAGAGACGGCGGCAGUUCGGCCGCAAAGGCGGAUAACAGCUUCCUGGAGGGUCUUUAAUAAAAUCCGCCACACUGGAACUGAUGGAAUUAGAAAAUAUAGUAGCCAACACUGUCUACUUGAAAGCCAGAGAGGGCGGUUCCGAUAGCAACAAGGGCAAGAGUAAAAAGUGGCGAAAGAUCCUCCAGUUUCCUCACAUAUCGCAAUGCUUAGAUAUAAAGACAAGAAUAGAUAUAAACUACGACUACAUAGUCGACCAGCAGCCGAUCGGCAAGUUGCUGUUCAGACAGUUCUGCGAGAAGAAUCGGCCGCACUACCACAAGUACAACAGCUUCCUAGAUGCGCGCCCCGACGUUAUUCAGGCGGAGCGCUACGAGGUGGAGGUGGACGAGGGGCGGGUGGCGCUCGCGUCGGAGGUGUUCAGCCACUUCCUGAAGGCGGAGGACGGGGAGGCGGUCACGGACGUGGUGCCCGCCGCCGUUAUUGAGGACGCGAGCGCGUUGCUUGAAGGCGGCUCGAAGGACAUAUUCAGCGAGUGCAUACGAUGCGUCAAGAACUUCCUCGCCGGCACACCGUUCGCGGAGUUCGAGCGCUCCAUGUACUUCCACCGCUACCUGCAGUGGAAGUGGCUGGAGGCGCAGCCGGUCACGCAGAACACGUUCCGCAUGUACCGCGUGCUCGGCAAGGGCGGCUUCGGGGAGGUGUGCGCGUGCCAGGUGCGCGCCACCGGCAAGAUGUACGCGUGCAAGAAGCUGGAGAAGAAGCGGAUCAAGAAGCGCAAGGGCGAGGCGAUGGUGCUGAUCGAGAAGCAGAUCCUGCAGCGGAUCAACUCGCGGUUCGUCGUCAACCUCGCCUACGCGUACGAGACGAAGGACGCGCUCUGUCUCGUUCUCACCAUUAUGAACGGCGGCGACCUCAAGUUCCACAUAUACAACAUGUGCGGCGCGGAGAGCGGGCUCGGCCUCGAGCGCGCGCGCUUCUACGCGGCGCAGGUCGCCUGCGGCCUCGAGCACCUGCACAAGAUGGGCAUCGUGUACCGUGACUGCAAGCCAGAGAACAUUCUGCUAGACGACGCGGGCCACGUCCGCAUCUCCGACCUCGGGCUGGCCGUGGACGUGCCCGAGGGCGGCUCCGUGCGCGGCCGCGUCGGCACCGUGGGCUACAUGGCGCCCGAGGUGAUAGACAACGAGCGCUACACGUUCAGCCCGGACUGGUUCUCGUUCGGGUGCCUCGUGUACGAGAUGAUCGAGGGCCGGGCGCCCUUCCGCGCGCGCAAGGAGAAGGUCAAGCGGGAGGAGGUGGACAGGAGGGUGAAGCACGAGCCGGAGAAGUACUCGAGCAAGUUCAGCGAGUGCGCGCGCUCGCUGUGCGGCGCGCUGCUCGCCAAGAGCGGCGGCGCGCGGCUGGGCGGCGGCGCGGGCCGGCGCGGCGCCGCGCACGUCAAGGCGCACCGCUUCUUCGCGCGCCUCAACUGGGCGCGCCUCGAGGCCGGCAUGGUGGACGCGCCCUUCGUGCCCGACCCGCACGCGGUAUACGCGAAGGACGUGCUCGACAUAGAGCAGUUCUCGACCGUGAAGGGCGUGAACCUGGACGCCGGCGACGACACGUUCUACGGCAAGUUCAACACCGGCUCCGUGUCCAUCCCCUGGCAGAGCGAGAUGAUCGAGACCGGCUGCUUCGCGGAGCUCAACGUGUUCGCUAAGGACGAGAGCGGCACGGAGGCGCGCAGCAGCGACCUGCAGCUGGACGCGGCGCCCGACACCGCCGCAGAGGACACCGGCUGCUUCCACUUCGCCGCCAAGGUGCUGUGCCCGCAGAAGAAGGUGUCGGCGCGGCUGCGGCCCGUGGCGGUGCCGGCGCACCUGCUGCAGCCCGCCUCGCCGCCGCCCGACGCCAGCUGACCGCCGCCGACCGUGGUUGGACAAAAACGCACAUUUUAUUUUGGGUAAAUAAUACAUUUGUUGGUGUGCACUGUGACAUCCAAAUGACGUAUAAUUUUAUAGACAUUAAACGUAGUCCCAUAUUUUCAAUUAAUGUUAUGAAUAUUUAAUCUGUUGAACAAUUUAUAUGUGUUCGAAAUUAGAAAAAUUCAAAUUUUAAAAUUAGCGUUCCAUUCGUUUGGCCAUUUCGUGUCACAGUCAUACAGAGCAUUAUACGUAAUACGAUACACAAAGCACAAGUGAAAAUCGCCACUAUUACUAUCUGUAUAAGCGUUACAAUUAUCUAGCAAAUGUUACCUCUGUAUGUGUUAAAGUAUUUUUUUUAAUCUGUUUUCAUCGCGUGUAUUAUUUUUUAACAUUAAACGAUGUGUCAAUUAUUAUUUUUACAAAUGUAUAGCGCAACAUAGUACUUCAGAAUGUAAAUGAGAUUUGGUGUUAUAGAUUAUUUAUAUUGUAUAGUCGAAAAGGAAAUAGAAUGAAAUACGCACAGAUAGAACAAUUUUUCGUAUUUUUUUUGUAUCAAAUAGUGGAAAAGAUUUUGGCGGCAAUUUCUAUUAGUCGUCUUUUAAUCUUCAAAGUACGAAAGCAUAACCAGUUAUGUGAGAAAUGGGUAGGAAUGUAAAAGUUUAAUUUUGUUGAAGUUUUUACGGUAUUUGAACUGAAUUAAAAAAAAAUGUGAAUAAUGUUUUUCAUGGUUUAAUAGUAUACAAUUUAAAAUCAUGUUUAUUUUUUAAAUAUUAUUUUAAAAGUUUAUUAUCGUGAAAAACAGGACUUACCUACAUUGAAACCCUUUCAAUACACACAUGUGAUGCUAUGCAUUUCUCACUCAAGCAGAUUGUAAAUAAUAUUAUUAAUAGAAUACGUUAAUAUUAUUGGAUAAUAAAGCGAAUAUGUGUUUAAGGACAAUUAUGACGACUAAUCAUUC